AUGCCGCCCCGAACCGAGGUCGGGCUUGUGAUCAAGCCAGCCGUCCAGCCAGCUGCGUCUUCCGAGGAGCCCCCCGGGCUUCUAGACGUGGUCGCGCAGCCCUUCAUCGUGCAGGUCGAAGCUCGUCCGGGCGAGACGCCACAGACAGGGGUGCUGCAGCCUCUUCACAGGGUCAGCCUCGCUCUGAUGACGACAGACGGCGUCGAAGACCAGGUCCGACUUCCCUCUCCCAACCCUUACAGGGGAAGACCAGUUGCAUUCCGCUCUACCCCUACUCCCACUGAGGAAGACAGCCCAGGCGAUCGUCAUGACCCCGUGCCAACUGAGCCCGUUCCCGAGCCACCUCCUGCUCCUCCUGCUCGUCGACAUGACGCCCCCACGAGUCUUCUGAUGAUGAGAGGCUGCCUUGGCAGUUUGUGGGCGGAGAGCAUGAGUCAAAUGGCUAGCGCGCCGCCAUUAGUUCAGAUGGAUAGGUUCUCGAAGUCCUGGGCUAAAACUCAUGCAGAAUCUUUGGUACUGAACCAAUCCUUCCACGCCCUCCAUCACGAAAGCAAAGAACUCCGAGAGAGAGUCUCUGAAUUGGAGCUGCAACUGAAUGAUCCCGCCCAAGCUAGUUAUGCCUUGCGAGCAGAGAUCCAAGCCUUAACUAAUCAGACCAACCGACAGAAAAGUUCCCUGAGGCAGGUCAAAGAUGAACUCCGAGCUAUGAGGGAGGAAAGAGCUACCUCUGAGGCGGGGUAUCAGCAACAACUAGUCCACCAGGCUCAGGAAACACAGUCCAAAGAUACCCUUCUGCAGGAGAAGAACAAUAGACUGGAGGUCCAGGCAGCUCAGUUGGAAGCUCAAGGAGCUGAGCUGAGGGCCCUGAGGGAGGAACUAUCCCAGUCUCGGGCGGCUUUGACGGGAGUAUCCACUGCCCUGACGAUCUAUCAAGAAGGAGAGGAGGAUCGUUGCCUGCGAAGUCGAAUGUCUUAUCUGACCUCUCUUGAAUUUUUAUCCCAGGCCGGGGCGCGCUUUUCCGUGACCAUACCAUACACGGCGGCUGGGGUUAUCCGACAGCUUCACGCGUAG